AUUGCCCAGUAUGUUUAAAACUAGUCAGUUUAUGGAAAAUCAGCUUAAUUCAACAAACGUUGAGUUAAAUUGUCUACUAUGCGCAAAGCACUGUGUUGUGGGAAAUAGCAGAGAAGAGCAAGACAAGGCCCUUACCCUCAAGGAAUCUUGUCUAGCUGGGAAGAUGAGACAUAUACCUGUGAAAUAGGCAAUGGUUUUAGGGAAGAACUGUUGGCCGAGGACUAGACUUUCAAUAUUGUUCUACACUAUCUGACAUGAUGGGACCAGGCAGACCAGCUUCAACCUGUGUUCAUCUAGCAUCUAGUGGCCAGCUAGAUGAGAGGAGUGACCCCAGGAAACUUCAGACCCAGAACCAGCUGCAGUUUAAUAGGAAUGUUCCUACACAUUCAAGCAACUUGGCAAUCCGAUAUUCUUGCCCACAUGCAAUUAGAAUUGAAAAACUGAAGCACGCGUACAAUGAGUCAUACCAUUGUAAAGAUUUGGAUUUUAGAGACGGUCCUGACCUAAGCAAUUCUGUUUCAUUUUCUGUCAUAUCAGAAGAGAGACUUAGCUAUGCUGUCCACCUAGCCAAAAGAGAUGUGAAACGAAGACAGUUUGAAGAACAUGUAAAAGAACAUCAUCUCAGAAGUCAGCCUCAAAUCUCUCAGAAAUGUGGACACAUUAAGCAUAAGAUAUCUGACCAUAGGGUGGAAAGGAAGGAAUCAAAGAGUCAAGAAGUCUGUCGUUGCAGCCACCAGCCAUCCAAAGUAGAAAUUUCCAGCUCAGGUGCCAAGGUAUACCUGUACACAUCUCAUCCAGGACAGUCAGAUCUGACCACGCCAAAUUCACCACCCACCCGUGAUCUAGGACUUCAGCCGCAUGCCGGGAUAAGUGACCACAAUAGCCUGUGUGAACACAAAAGCCUGCUAGAAGUUCAGCGACUCCGGAAAGAACUGAGCAGUUGUAUCCAUAAAAUUGAAGAAGUUACUAAAAAAGAUCGAGUGGAAGAAACUUUAGAUCCAGAUGAAGAACGACGAAUCCGUGUCAGGAGGCAGGAGCAAGCGGUUCGUUCUGCCCGAACGCUCUACGUCCUCCAGCGGCAGGUUAAAGAAAUCCAGGAAGAAUUGGAUAAAUUGAGUCCACAUAAAAUUAAACACACUAAGAAGUCAUGGGCAAUGUCCAGGCUGGCAGCUGCCCAUCGAGGAGCCAUUCGGGCCUUACAGAUGUUUGUUACUCAGUUUACUGACCGAGGGGAACACCCAGUUCCUGCCCGGUGUAGGGAACUGGGCAGUCUUAUUCGCCAGCUUUCCCUCUGUUCUGCCAAGCUGGAUGCCGAUUCUUCUGUCCCUGAUGUGGUUAUAGAUAUCCUACGACAAAUUGAGGCUUUGGAAUCCCUCCUGGAAAAGAAACUGUCACCAAAAAAGGUGAAGAAAUGUUUCACUGACAUUCGGAGCAGAUUUCCUGUUGGUAGCCAAAGGGCCUUGGAGAGAUGGCAAAGUACGUCACCAAAGAGCGAGAGGAGACCCUUCGUUGCAAAGGAGAUAAUUCCACAGGAAACAAAACAAGCUUCAAUGGCAAAGAAGCUUCUUGCUGAUAAGUAUCAACGUGAUAGAGAGCUUCCAGUGACCCAGAGGUUGGAGAAUGAGCUUGAUGUAUUAGAUGCGGAUAUACUUCCAGAAGAAGCUCCAUCUAUUCUAGACCAAAACGCAAGCUUCAAAGAAGAGGCAUUAGCCCCGGCAAAAACAAGAGCAGUCAAAAAGAAGCCUGUGACUGAGGAUGUGCCUGCUAGGAAGAACGAUACUCUGGUGCCGACAAGACUACAGCAAGGGCUCCACAAAACUGAAAAAAAUAGACCAACCCAAUCUCACAGCAAAAGCAGGUUGCAACGGACAACAGUCUCAUCGAGAUUAAAAAUGAACCAACAGCCUGUGAAAGACCACAGGGCUCCUUGGAUACCUCCAAACCCCACCUCCCCACCGGCAUCUCCCAAAUGCGCUGCAUGGCGAAAGGUGAAAUCGAGCCCCAAAGGUGCUGCAAAAGAACAGUCUCUCCAGCAAGAAGAUACUCAAGAGGAAAGUCAAUUGAGAGGUGCUGUUGAGCAUGAAGCAGCUAGACUCGCUUGGCUUGAUGCUGAAACUUCCAACAGAUUGAAGGAACUAGAAGAAUUAAAAGCCAAAGAAAUGGACAAAAUGCAAAAACAGAGGCUCGAUUGGCUUGAUGCUGAAACUUCCAGAAGAACAAAGGAAUUGAAUGAACUCAAAACUGAAGAAAUGGAUAGACUUCAAAAAUUGAGUGUUUCUGCCACCCAGUUAGCAGACAAGGUAGAGAAGGCAGUUCUGGAGCGUUUGAAGCCUCUCCUGGUCAAGGCCCAGAGAGUCAAUUCUUCUCUGGAAGCAGAUAGUCAUUUGAAGGAUCGGCCAUCAGUAAACACAGCGAUAGCCCAGCCUGCAGAGGAGGCUACGGCUGUUGAUUCUGAAUCCAACAACAUUCGUCAGCUGGAUGAUUUUUUGGAAGAUACCGCUCAUGAGCUCUGGACUAUAACUCACUCUAAGAUCUUGGAGUGUGAAGCCUUAGACACCUUGGGGGACAUCAAGGACAGCCCAUAUCUGGAGACCAUGAUGCUCCGAAUGGAGGAAAUGGAAAAAUACCAGGAGACAGUUCGCCAAAGAUAUAAUAAAAUUGUAUAUACUGAUCCUCAUCUUUGGCUGCAGGAAGAAAAAAAUGACCAAAAAAUCCCAGCAGUAAGUGAAAGGCCUCUUUCUCCUCAUCCAAUCAGGAUCACAAAGACAGCGGCUCACAAAGCCCCAGACGUGAACAUCGUGUUGGAAAGGCCCUGGAAUGCCAACUCCCUGGAUGAAAGUGUGGGAUCAGAGGAGAAAUCGGAGAAAAAAGAGGCUCCCCUUCUCUCCCUUUCAGAAGAUUCUCAACAGAAAGAGGGUCGAGCUGCCCUCUUUGUCCCCGCCAGGAUGCGGCACAGUAUUGGGGACUACUGCAGCCGCUUUGAGCAGUACCUCCGGAUGAUAUCUCAUGAGGCCGUGGGCUCCUUCAACCCAUGGCUGCUUGCUGAAAGCUUUUCAGAAGAGCUGGUAGAUGAAGCUCUGGGGGACGUGGCUGCUGAACUUCAGGAUGUGUGUGAAGAUUAUGCAGAAGCUGUGUUCACCUCAGAAUUCUUAGAGGCUGCUACAUAAAGGCUCUCCACGGCGAGGGCCCUCCUGUCACACUGGAGAAGGCGCGGCACCACCUUUGUUUCAGCCCGCAGGGCGUCUUGAUCCUCUGCUGUCCAUCCAGGCCCAGAAGGUGCUGCUUCUUCCUUUCUUCACUGCAAGGAAGGGAAUGCAGUAACGUCAUCCUCACUUUGCAUUUUCUCAUUGUCAUAGCAGUGGUUCUGGUAGUUUAUGAUGGAAUGUGUUAUAUUUAUCAGUGCCCAGGAAUCGUGAAUUGAUAAUGGAUAAUAUAAUAUUUUCUGAAUGUAUAAUUUUCCUAUUGAAAUAUUAUGUUCAUUCCACUGGCUCUGUUUGGUGAUGAGAAUGUUGUAAAAGGUAAUAAAUACGUAUGUUUCACACAGGACUUCAAGUUGCUGUUGAACCCACAGGCGGCGUCGGUUACUCUGGUCCCAUCAGCUGGCUCAUGUUUCCACCUUUGGCGGUUUCCUGUCAGGACGCCUGUCCCUACUGGGUUGCAGAUUCAUGUGAGCACAGAGGUUGGUUAUGCUGCCAAACCUCUGCUCUGUUGCGGCUCAUUAAAAAGAGGAACCCACCCAUUAUCAGUGCAGACAAUAAACACUUGUUUCUCUCAUGCUCAAUUCCUGGGUGGUUUUCACAUUUUUAGUUCCUCAAAGUCUUUUAGCUGUGGGUUGACGUGUUCUGAUGUACAAAACUUUCUCUGAAUUUCGAGGAAGUUUGAGGACACCAGGAGAGGGCCAGGCCUUCUCUGGUGCCUUAUUGAAGGUACAGAGCUCGCUUCCAUCUCUGGUGAGGUUAGAAGUUUCUAUGUUUCCAUACCACAAAGGAACCUUGUGUGGGAGGAGAGACCAGAUCUGGAUGGCGUGAAGACCCCUGGGUCUCCCCAGAGAAAGGAAGAAAUUUAAGAACCAUAAUAGCUUGGUCCUCAAAUGUCUUAUAAGUCAUAUUUUCUCAAGAGAAAAGCCUCUGUGUCUUCAGAAACUCUGAAUUCAGAAGAAGAGAAGGAAUGUGCGUAAAAAGAAGGCCACUGCUUGGAAAAAAUUUCCCUCAAUUUUUUGCUGGAGCCUUGGUGAAGGAAAUGUGAAGAACCGAGUGACAUGUGACAUACCCCAUGGAAUAAUGUGAAUCUUUUUAUAACACAGUGUUGUCAUCUGGGAUUUUUCUCUGAAGUAUAAGUAUUUCAGGUGAUAAUUUAAGCUGCUUGAUCACACUUAUUUGUGCAAAAUUGAUUUUUGUUUAAUGUUAAUGUUUUCCUGCUUAAUUUUAUAUAACCUCAGAAUGAGAAAGACUUCAAGGGAAAUGAAAGGUCUUUAAUUUGAGGAGCUGCAUGUGUACUCUUGAACUGAUAGGAGCGUCUGUUGUUGGUAGCUUCAAGUAAUUUCUGUGGCAGUUUUUACUGUGCUGAUUUUUAAAAUAAACUCAGUAUUUAAAGUA